AUGGCAUGUGUUACUGCCUAUGUAAACAAGAGGUCGAGGAUAACAAGUACACCUAGAUCCGAUGAACCUAGAAAUCAACAGAACAAACUCUCUAGCCGUAUGAGACCUCCAAGUACUGUUCCUCAAGCCAGGAGACCGCUGCCAUCGGAGGAGUUUGAUUUUCAAAAGUAUGUGGUGGAAAAACUUGGGGAACUCACAUCGGAUAAGACUGCACAAAAGGAAGCCGUAUCUCAGCUAAGCGAAAAAAAAAUGGAGGACAAUAACAAGAAAUUAGUGGACAGAAUUGAGGCACUUGAAAAAAAGAUGGAACAAUGCAAAGACCUGAAAGCUUUGCCACAAAAUCGGAGGAAGAUAAUCGUGACUCAAAAGAUUGCUCCACAAGUGGAAAAGUUUGAAGAGUUUGAUGACAGUCAUUUCAUUUCUGAUGAGGAUUCCAAUGAUAAUGUUGAUGACUCCAGUGAUGAUGAUGAUCAUGAUGAUGAGUAUGAUGAAAAUGAUGUGCCUAUGGAUUUACUUGAAGGUGUGGACUCAAAUGAUGCCAUGAUGUACACUUACUUUGACGAGAUGAGGAAAUCUCAGUUUGUCAACAGAUGCACAUGUGGGAAUUGCCAGUCUAUUGACCGUCUAGAGGAGAAUGUGUGCUGUAACAGCAUCCCUGAGGUGAUGGGCCUAAAUCAUCAAGCUAUGCUCCUUGGGGAGGUUUUUGCAGUUCCAAGAUGUAUUACUCUGAACCCUGCGUUCAACCGACUAUACAUCAAUAGACUGACGCUUGUUAAUGCAUGGAGGACAUUUAAGAAGCAGUAUCCGCAUGGCUUCGGAAGUGAAUCUCCUAGGAAGAUGAGGCACAUUGCCUAUAGGCAACUUGCUCUGGAAGCAUGGGAGAUUCUUGGGCCAAAGACGAUGAUUGAUACGAUUGCAAAUAACAAUAACAAAGAAGCAGAAGGUCCCCCAUCCCCAAUACCUACUAAGCCAGUCCAACCCCCAUCUACAGAACUUCCAAAGGCUGUUCAACCCUCACCUAAGACUGUUCAACCCCCUGCAGAACAUCCCCAGGAUCUUAGGAUGUUAGGACUGCCUCCUAAAUGA